AUGGAUGAACAUGACAAGAUCCCACCAUUGACCUUACAACCAGAUGGCAAUGUGACCACAUUCACCAUCCACCAUGUGGGCCGGGAGCAUGGAGGGAGGUACUACUGCAGCUACAGGCCACAAGCAAGGUCUUUCACCUCUUCAGAACCCAGUAACACGGUGGAGCUGUUGGUAUUAGAUCUUGAUCUACCCCGGCCCAGUAUCAGCUUUUACCCUAGUACGAUAGCACUCCUAGGAAGCAGAGUCACCAUCCAAUGCCAGGCAAGUGGUCCAAGGAAGAUAUUCUAUUUUGAGAAGGCUGGAAACCAGAGGGUGCAACAAUUUGAGACAGUUGGAGACUCUGGGACACUCUUCUUCCAAAAUGUGACCCGGGAUCAUGGGGGGAAGUACAGCUGUAGCUAUCGAUAUCCACCAGAGUCUAUCAUCUCAAGGACCAGUGAUAACGUGGAGCUGUUGGUAAGAGAUCCCAGCUUUUCUAGACCCACCAUCUCCCUGAGCUCCAGUGGGAGACCUGCCCGUGGAAGAACUGUCAUUCUCCAUUGCCAGAGCCAAAGCCCAGCCAACAGAUUUUAUCUCCACAAGUCUGAAGACCACAUGGCAGAAAUGUUCAUAGAGACCAAUGGGACCGAGGCCAGUUUCCCCAUCAGCAUUGGAAACUGGGGGCAUGGAGGGAACUACAGCUGUAGUUACUGCCCCGAACUGGAAUCUUUUGUCAUCUCAGAGCCCAGUGACUCUGUGGAACUGCUGAUCACAGAUCCUGCUCUACUCAGACCCAGUAUCAGCCUUGAGCCUAGGGGCAUAGCACUCCUAGGAAGCACAGUCACCAUCUGGUGCCAGACAAGAAGUCGAAGAAAAAUAUUCUAUCUUGAGCAGGCUGGGGGCCAGAGAAUACAACAGUAUGAGUCACAGGGGGACAGGGGCAGAUUCGUCUUCAGAAAUGUGACACAGGAGCAGACAGGGUACUACAGCUGCAGCUACCGAUAUUUAGCACUGUUUUUCAUCAUCUCAGGGACGAGUGAUAAUGUGGAGCUGUUGGGAUUAGAUCCCAAAUUACCCAGACCUGUGAUCUCCAUCAACCACAGUGGGCUGGUCGCUGCUGGGGGACAAGUCAAUAUCCGGUGUAAAAUUCAAGAUGGAUCUGCAAAGUUCUAUCUCCAUAAGGGUGGAGACUCAAAAACGAAGGAGCCCAUGAGGUCUGACGCGAAUGUUGGUGAAGUUUCUAUUAGCAACAUCAACCAGAAGCAUCAAGGAAGCUAUUCCUGCAGCUACACAUUUUUAGAAAGGCCUUUUGUGUUCUCACUGCACAGUGACAGCGUGGAGCUUCGAAUAGCAGAAGAUACUCAAAACAGUGUUCCUCUAUCCACAAAGCUGUGUGUCGCUGUGCUCAUCCUCUUUCUGUCACUUGGGGCCAUCCUUUGGUACAAAAGAAACAAAGGGCAGCUGGCAGCAGCAAAAAGCAGUGCUAAGCGCUCCUUCAGGCUGUUGAAGGCUUGCUGGGUGACAGACCCUGACAGAAACUUGAUUGAUGGAGGGAACCACAUGGAAAACCUGUCUCCAGAGCCUGAUCCUCCAGCUGAGACUCAAUACAUCUGCUAUUUUGAAUUGGAGCACAGAGCGGUGUCCAGCCCAGUGGAAGCCGACCCUGCUGACAGCUCUGAGAAUUGUGUUUAAGCUGCAGCUGUCCUACACUUGAGUCCAGAACUACUGGGUGCCACAAAAUUGUGUCUUUUCAAGAGGAGCUGGUGUUUAUUUUUGCAAGGUGGGAGUCAGAAUCCCUUGGUUUAAGGAAGGAGGGCAGGGAAGUACUUUGGACUAGACUGCAGCUGAAAGCAAGAUUUCCAUGGUUCUCUGGGUGAGAUGUAUGUAGUUAGUGCAAUUGGUCUUUUUUUGGCUUUGAAAUAUAGGUGCCAUCUAUUUACACAUUUAUUCACCCAGGCUUUUAAUUAGAUUUAUAGUUUUAAAUAAUUUUAAUACUGGGUUUUAAAUGUUUUUAAGCUUUUAAAUGAUUUUAAUUGUUAAUUGAUUUAAUGUUUUAAAUGAUUUUAAUUGUAAACCACCCAGAGAUUCAAGUUUUGGGAGAUAUAAAGGUAAAGUGUGCCGUCAAGUCAAUUUCAACUCCUGGUUUUCUUUGGUAUAAUACAGGAGCGGUUUACCAUUGCCUCCUCCCACACAGUAUGAGAUGAUGCCUUUCAGCAUCUUCCUAUAUCACUACUGCCCGAUAUAGUACCAGUGGGGAUUCGA